AUGGACCUGCUGGCGCUGUCGUGCCUUCAGACCCUGCAGUCGCACAGGGCCCAAGGAGCAGAACUCUCCCAUUUGGAGAAGAAGUUGUUUGCAAUCCUUUCCCGUUCCUCAAAGAUGUUUUGCCCGGACGAGUACCAGUGCAAACAGCCCUGCGUUGCUCCUCCUGUCUUCAGGCUCAGGAAUUUCCCCCAGCAGAAAUGCGUGGGUUCCCGCAGCACUGCCUGUAACAUCCAGCACUUAACUCCAUGCGCGGAGCCGUGUUGCUAUGGUGGAGUCACUCAGUCCACCACCAAGUAUGUGGACCUGGGCAGUAACAUCAGUUGGACACAGUCUUCCAGGUGCCUGGACCCAUGCAGCUGUGUGGGCCCCCAGUACACGACCACAUGUGUGGAUCCGUGCUGUGAGGAAGUCACCAAGUGCAUCACCACGUGUGUGGAUCCGUGCUGUGAGGUCACCAAGUGCACCACCAAGUGCGUGGAUCCGUGCUGUGGAGCUGUGACCAAGUGCACCACCAAGUGCGUGGAUCCGUGCUCUAGUCAAGUGACCAAGUGCACCACCAGAUGCGUGGACCCAUGCUUCACCAAGUGCACUACCAAGUGUGUGGAUCCAUGCUGUGGAGCUGUGACCAAGUGCACUACCAAGUGUGUGGAUCCGUGCUGUAGCAAGGUGACCAAGUGUGUCACCACCUGUGUAGAUCCAUGCUGUGAGGAGAUCAGCAAGUGCACCACCAAGUGUGUAGAUCCAUGCUGUAGCAAGGUGACCAAGURUGUCACCACGUGUGCGGAUCCAUGCUGCGGCAAAGCCACCAAGUGCACCACCAAGUGCGUGGACCCGUGCUGCGUGGAAGUCACCGAGUGUGUGGACCCGUGCUGCGGGGCCGUGCAGGCUGCCACCACGUGCGUGGACACCUGUGGCACGGUCAGCGUCACGCAGGCCGCGUCCCCGUGCGCCUCUGCCUGCACCCCGGUCUACUCCAUCCGCUGUGCCGAUAUCUGCUGUCGGAAGCGCGUGCUCCCUUGA